AUGACUGCUCAAGUUGUUAAAGGCAAGGCAGUGAUAUUCAAGAAAAGAUCGAAGAAUCGACAACCGACCAUUCGUUAUGAACCGUACCCAACCGUCGUGGUAGAACCCAACAAGUCGAAACAACAGAAACCGCUCGAUGGUGACCUUGAGGAUGGCGAGAUACCUGACAAAAAGGAGGGCCACACUAACAACGUAGGGAAGGCUAACCGAAGUAACGACCAGGGUGUGCAGCGAGAACAGCUUGUCACAAACAUGCGACAACUCACUUCCAUCAAUGAACUGUGCCACAGCUAUUGCAGAAACGGUAUCGACAUCCAGGGUGCUUCGUGUCUGAACAUACAUUGGUUUGGUGAGUUACCUGCCAUGAUCAAGCAGGCAAGGUUGGAGCAUGAGAAACGCUUGAAGGAGGUGGAAGCACAGCGGAAGCUCGAAGAGGCUGGGGGCAAGGCGAAGAAGGCGUUACAGAGUCGUCCGGUCAAGCCAGCAACUUUCAUAGAGGUCAAAGAGAAGGACAAGCCCAGCUCUAGGAGAUCGUUCGGUGGACAGACAUUGGCGAAAGAGGUGGAGGAAGUGCUUGGUGGUGCGGUAAAAGGCGAGUUGGCCAUGCAGCAGGACUUUGUGCCGCUCUUUUAG